CCAGAUUUUGGCUAAUUUGACAAAUUGACUCGCAGGUUGCAGCUAUAUAUAAAUAAAGUCCCACCCGCGGUACUCACUAAAAGCCCCCCGUUGCUUUUGACUUUUUGACCUUUUCUCUCUCAUCUUUACACACACAAAAAAACGCGGCGCGUACUGUGUACUGGCUCCACAUGCACCACCGUGAAAUGCACCCCGCCGCCGCACCGCCGCCUGCCGAGACCCUCGACGAGAUCACCCGCCUCCUCUCCGACCUCCUCCCCUCCGCUGCCUCCGUCACCUGCUUCGCCACUCGAUGGCAAGCCAUCCGGUCGAGGCUCGCCGCGCUCCAGCCCCUCCUCGCCGAGAUCUCCGACUCCCCCCACUGGUCGGAGAAUCCCCUCCUACCGCCGCUACUCACCGCUCUCCUCUCCACCCUCUGCCGCACCGAAGCCCUCUGCCGCGACUGCCUCGGCGCCUCCGCCUCCGCCGCCGGCCGCGGCAAGCUGCUGAUGCAGUCCGACCUCGACAUGGCGGCCGGAUGGCUCUCGAAGCAGGCGGGCGAGCUCGAGGUCCUCCUCCGCUCCGGCGUCCUCAACCACUCCACCGCCAUUGUCCUGUCCCGCCCAAACCCUGGCUCCUCGAGGGACGAGCUCGCGUUUUUCGUCAGGGACCUCUUCGCCAGGCUCCAGAUCGGCGGUCUGGAGUUCAAGCGGAAGGCCCUGGAGUCUCUAAUUCAGCUCCUGUCGGAGGACAACAAGUCCGCCGCUGCCGUCGCCAGGGAAGGGAGCGUUGGCUGCCUGAUCUCGCUUCUCGAUCCCAAUUCCCACGAUUCCGUCAGGGAAUCGGCGGUCCACGCGGUCUCCCUGCUGGCCGCCGCCGGUGAUUUUCCCCGUAAGUGCGUGUUCGAGGAGGGGGCUUUGGGUCCUCUGUUGAAAACAAUCGAGUGCUGCUCAUCCACGGCGAAGGAAAAGGCAGCCAUGGCCGUCGAGGCCAUCACCGCCGACCCAAACAACGUGUGGGCAAUUUCUGCAUACGGCGGUGUCCCCAUUUUAGUCGAAUUGUGUAAAUCCGGCACCGUCAUAGCUCAAUCUCACGCAAUUGGAGCAAUUAGAAAUGUUUCGAUUGUCGAGGAUAUUCGAGCUGCUUUAGCAGAAGAAGGGGCUAUCCCUGUCUUGAUGCAGCUGCUCAUCUCCGGCAAUGCAUCGGCUCAGGGAAAAGCGGCAAAUUGCAUAUCCAUUCUCGCCUCGACCGGUGAGCAUUUUCGUAAUUUGUUGCUACAAGAAAAUGGUUUGAACAGAUUACUGAAUUUGUUUCAAGAAUGCCCGACUGCGGAUACUUCAGAACAUGUAUUACGUGCGAUUUAUUCGUUAUCUGCUUCAGAUAGUGCGCAUAAAAUCCUAUCCGGAUCGACCCAAUUCAUAGUACAAAUCGGCGAAAUCAUAAAAUAUGGGAAUGCGAAACUACUGCACGUAUCUGCUUCUUUGCUUGCUAAAUUAUCUAUUAGUGAUGGCAGUAAGAUCUUAAUUGCCGGUUGUAUGAGUUCUCUGGUGAAGUUGAUGGAGUCGGUGAAGCCUGAGGGAAUACAGGAGAUUGGGGCUAAGGCAUUGAUAUCUUUGUUAUCUGUAAAAUCAAAUAGAAAAGAGCUAGUUAAGGAUGAGAAGAGCUUGACGAGGCUGGUGAAAAUGUUGGAUCCUGUGAAUGAUGUGGUCCCAAAGAAGUUUCCGGUGGUGGUGGUGGCGGCAAUCUUGGCUGGAGGUAGCAAGGGUUGCCGGAAAAGGCUUUUGGCGGGUGGCGUUUGUGGGCAUUUGCAGAAAUUGGCGGAUAUGGAUGUUGCCGGAGCUAAGAAUGCUUUGCAUAAGCUAUCGGGAAGUCGGCUGACGAGUGUGUUUUCGAGGAAAUGGCGGGAAAAGUCGGCGACGGCCACCAGCUGAUGAAAGGAAAUAAAAUAACCAGCUUCUAACUGACAAGGAAGUUACCUACUGCUGCAUAUUGAAAGCAUAAGCACAAUAAACAGUUGGUAGUAUAUAUACCUGAAAAUUCUAACUCAUGUAGUAUAUAUUGUAUUAUAGGAAAAAGAUGAUGAGAAAGGGAAAAUAAAUGCAUGGAUGCAUUUUUUGUGGGUACCCUUUUCACAUUUCUUUUGUUUGAUAGUUUUUCUUNGUUAUUUGUAGAGUGGUGUGUAUGUCCAGUGGAUAUAAACUGGAAUUUAAUGUGUAUUUUAUUCAUU